GAAUUUUACCAAUGCGCACGAGCCUUUCGGCUCAGGAAGCGAGACGGGUCUUGACUAUCGAAUCUCCUCCAUUUAUAAAGCUGUUUCCUCUUUCGUCGCCAUUUUCAAACCAUUAACAGUCCCAACCAUGGAGGGUCUCCGGACACGCCUCCUCCCAACUCUGCUACCCGCUUCCCUCCUCCUCCUCUUCCUCCCCCUCUUCCUCCCCCUCAACCUCCUCACCACCGCCGCCGCCGCCACCAGCAGGAGCCCGCAGACAACCCCGCAUUUCCACGUCCGCCGCCACCUCCAAGCCGCUCACUCCACCUGCCAAGGCACUCUCUACGCGGACCUCUGCGUCUCCACCCUCGCCUCCUUCCCCGACCUCGCCUCCAAAUCCAUCCCGGAGGUCAUCUCCUCCAUCGUCAACCUCACCGCCGACCAGGCCCGGUCCGUCUCCUCCAACUGCUCCAGCCUCGAGCGGCGCCUCGCCACCAAGCUCGGCCCCCUCGAGCGCUGCGCCCUUGACGACUGCCUCGAGCUCCUGGCCGACACCAUCGACCAGCUCAGGAAGGCCAUCUCCGACCUCUCCAGCAAGAACGGCUCCACCGCCCCGGCGGCCCACUUCCACGACCUCCAGACGCUCCUGAGCGGUGCCAUGACGAACCAAUACACGUGCCUCGACGGCUUCGCGUACAGCAAGCAGAACGUGCGGGCCGCCAUCGAGAGGAGCCUCGUCAAAAUAUCCCGCCACGCCAGCAACUCGCUGGCUCUGCUCAAGAAGCUGCCCGGCGUGAAGGGAAGGCCGUCCGGCUCACUGGCGGAGGAGGCCUUUCCCGAGUACGGCAGGAUGAGGGAUGGGUUUCCGGCAUGGCUGUCGCCCAUGGAUAGGAGGUUGCUGCAGGCUUCGGUGAGCGCGACAAACUACAAUGUCACUGUGGCGCAGGAUGGGACGGGAAACUUCACCACCGUCAACGCGGCGGUGGCGGCCGCUCCGAAUGCCAGCACCACCAGGUUUGUGAUAUACAUAAAAGCAGGGGCCUACUUCGAGAACGUGGAGGUGGAUAGUAAGAAGCCGAUGAUCAUGUUCUUGGGGGACGGCAUCGGGCAGACGUGGAUCAAGGGCAACCGGAACGUCGUCGACGGCUGGACCACUUUCCGAUCUGCCACCGUUGCUGCGGUCGGGAGUGGAUUCAUAGCGAAGGGCAUAUCCUUCGAGAACUACGCGGGUCCGAGCAAGCACCAGGCCGUGGCCUUCCGGAGCGGCUCCGACCUCUCCGCCUUCUACAACUGCAGCUUCGUCGGCUACCAGGACACGCUCUACGUCCACUCCCUCCGCCAGUUCUACCGCGAGUGCGACGUCUAUGGCACGAUUGACUUCAUCUUCGGGAACGCGGCCGUGGUGUUCCAGAACUGCAACUUGUACGCGCGCAAGCCAAACGAGAACCAGAAGAACGUAUUCACGGCACAGGGGAGGGAGGACCCCAACCAGAACACGGGGAUAUCGAUCCUCAACUGCAAGGUUGCGGCUGCGGCGGACCUGAUCCCCGUGCAAUCCUCGUUCCAAACCUACCUGGGCCGCCCGUGGCAGGAGUACUCCAGGACGGUCUACAUGCUGUCAUACAUCGGAGACUUGGUCGACCCCGCCGGGUGGUUGGAGUGGAACGGGACGUUCGCGCUGAGCACAUUGUACUACGGAGAGUACAAGAACCAGGGGCCGGGUUCGAACACGAGUGCCCGAGUGACAUGGCCGGGUUAUAGAGUCAUUACCAAUGCUACAGAGGCCAGUCAGUUCACAGUAGAGUCUUUUAUCCAAGGAAAUGACUGGCUUAAUGACACGGGCAUUCCGUAUUAUUCCGGUUUGAGUUGAGAAGCAUUGUAAUUCUUAAGCGCAUUGGCGUAUCAAUUUGAUUUUUAUUAUCUACUCGUGAAAGGUAUGCAGAUAAGAAAAUCUAUAGAGAUGCUCUGCCCGCCAUAUAAUUUUCUCUAUGUCAAUCCUAAAAGUCAGAUUUGAAAUUCAAUAAAA